AUGACUGUCGGGGUAUUUCAAACUCUGCUAGCCGUCCGUCCUCCCGGCUGGUUGGCCUGGCAAGACGCCUGUUACAUCUUGCUGCCUGACAAGAUGAAUUGGUGGCAAGGUGAGGAUGUUUGUGACCGGCCAGGGAGCAGCCUGGUCGUUCCUGAUUCGCAGGAAGAACAGGACUUCAUCUGGCGGGAAAUGAAGGCGAGGAUACAGGCAUUUGGGGCCAACAUCUCAAGUGACCUGGAACUGUGGAUUAGAUGCCGCGAUGUCGACAACAAAGGGGCGCUUUCGUGCUAUGGUGUCGAUGGGGAUCCCGACUACAAAAACUGGGGGCAUGAUGAGCCAAAUAAAUUUGAACAUAUUUGUGUCCGAAUGGCUGAGAAGUUCAACGGUCAGUGGGGAGACAUACUGUAA